AUGGUGGAAUCGGAGCUAAGCUAUGAACAGAUUCGUUUGAACAGAGUGGAAGAGAACAAGAAGAGAAUGGAGGAGCUUAAUCUCAACAAGAUUGCUCAAUCUCUUCGUGUCUCUUCUUCUCCCAAGCCUUCUCAUACUAAGCCAAGGACGCCGCGUUUUCCGGUGGAGUUCUCAGAGGUCAGGAGAUCAAGCCGUGCCAAGAAUCCUCCUCCGAGUUACAGAGAGGAUGGGAUAGAUACUUUGGAAAGGCCAAGAAGGUUGAACAAACGACACACUCUACAUCAAAUGAGCUAUCAGAGAAGAGAUUUGCUAAACCGGGUUUAUGCCUCGGACGAGGCAAGAAUGUAUGCAAUCGACAGGGCAGAGAUGCUUCAAUCAAGCUUAGAGCAGGAAUUCCCAAGCUUUGUUAAACCAAUGCUCCAAUCACAUGUGACCGGAGGAUUUUGGCUGGGCUUGCCGCAUCACUUUUGCAAGACGCAUCUGCCAAAACGCGAUGAAAUGAUCGCUUUAGUUGAUGAAGAAGAUGAUGAAUUUGAGACGAAAUACCUUGCUGAUAAGAAUGGUCUUAGCGGAGGUUGGAGAGGUUUCGCCAUUGAUCAUCAGUUAGUCGAUGGAGAUGCUCUCGUGUUUCACCUUACCACCCCAACAACGUUCAAGAAGCCAAACAGUUGCGAAGCAGCGGUAAAAGAAAAAGAGGAGGCAGGAAGUAGAGGUUUCAAGGUUGGAUUGUGGGGACUUCAAUGGAAGAAGUUUCUUUCUAAUGGACACAACAAACAUGGAACAUUACGGCUAAUAUUUUGGUGCGCUACGUUUGAUAUCAUAUGGUAUUUUAUGAUUUGGACAAGGAGGGAACGAGAACCAAACUUGAAGAAGAAUUGCAAAGGAAGUUGCAAAUUUAAAGGUGGUACCAAAAUAACUUAA